UGUUUUCGCCUGAUCAACAUCGAAAACAAUUGGAAUUUAGUAUUUUUAUUAUAACAAGUUGGGUAAAUAAACUUACUACCACAUUCUUAAUUAAAAGUAUAUUUAUUAAACUCGUAUAACGGGUAGAAAUAUUUUGUUAAAAUCUAUUAACGGUAAGCGAGAAACAUUUAAAGACAUUUUUUAUCUGACAAAUACAACACUCCUCGUAAAAGUUGGUGAUUUCAAUGAAAUAAACAAAGCCACUGAACACUAAAAUAUUUAAUCUGUUCCCCGAAAUUGCUUCUUGUUUACUUCCGGUUUCACAAGAAACCUUCAUUCUUUGUUUUUCACUCUAUGGAUGUUUUAUUUCAAUUCUAUGUUCAUUCACCCAUAGACUAUACAUUUCAUCGGGCUUUGCAAACGCACUUCAAAGGGCUUUAUGCUAUGGUCGAUUAAUUGGAGGUGUUAUAUUAUUUUAUUUCGUACAGUGAAAUUCCUCAUCGUAGUACUAGUAUUAUAACUAAACGUAUAUGUAGAAUGUUGUCAGUCGAACGUUUUCAGUCGUGAAUGAGCUUUUUGUGUUACAAUUAAUAAACUAUGGCCAGUGUUCUAAACAGUGUAAGGACGAAGUUAUGUUAAUUUACUCCCCAUGUCACCGGGUUCCACCUAUGUACCUGGCACUUGAAGAGUCGAGGUGUGAGGGUAGAAUGGUGAAGUGAGCGAGCCGCGAUGGUGCUGUGUGUGGUAGCUCUGCUGCUGCUCGUCGGGGCCUCACCGAUGCAUGCUCUCGACAUAUCUCAAUGUAUCGCGCCGCUUGGAAUGGAGAGCGGGUUGAUUCCCGACAGGGAUAUCAGCGCUAGCUCCUGUUACAACGACGGCAAUGUGGCCCCGCAAAAUGGAAGACUAAACCAGGACAUAAAAGGUGGGGCCUGGUGUCCAAGGUCUCAGAUAACGACUGAAUCUACGGAAUGGCUGGAGAUCGACCUGCACUCGGUGCACGUGAUCACCGGGACCGGAACCCAGGGUCGCUUCGGCAACGGCCAGGGGCAGGAGUACGCGGAGGCCUACGUCAUCGAGUACUGGAGACCUAAGCUCGGCAAAUGGGUGCGCUACAGAACUGUUGAAGGACAAGAGAUUCUCCAAGGCAAUACGAACACGUACUUGGAGAAGAAAAAUCACUUGGAGCCGCCGAUCUGGGCAUCCAAAAUACGUUUCAUACCGUACAGUUCGCAUCGGCGCACCGUCUGCAUGCGGGUUGAGCUCUACGGCUGUUAUUGGAGCGUGGGCAUAGUAUCGUACUCGAUGCCGAAGGGUGACAAGCGGAGCAAUGGCGUGGAGCUGACGGACAUGAUCUACGACGGGCAGUGGGGCGAGGAGCUACGCGGCGGGCUCGGCCAGCUCGUGGACGGCAGGUUCGGCGGCGACGAGAUCCGCGAGGCCGCCAAGACCACCGCCUGGGUCGGCUGGAGGAACGACUCCCGCCCCAACACACCCGUCAUCACCUUCGAGUUCGACAAAGUCCGCGAGUUCAGCACAGUCCAUUUGCACUGCAAUAAUAAAUUCAUGCGCGACGUUCAGGUGUUUUCGGAGGCCAUAAUAUCGUUUUCUAUCGGCGGACGCCACUUUCAAGACGAGCCCAUUCACUACACAUACGUUGAGGACAAUAUAUUCGAGAACUCUCGCAACGUUAGCAUUAAGUUGCACCAUCGCAUCGGCAAGUGGGUUCGCAUCGAACUGAGGUUUUCUGCGCGGUGGAUACUUAUCAGCGAAGUCGUUUUUGACUCCGAUGUAGCGCAAGGGAAUCACACCCCAGAAAGCCAAAAGCCCCCCGCGGGUAAAGAUAAGAAAGUAACAACUCUUACCAAAGAAGUUCCCAUAUCUACCGCGCACCAAGAGGACCCACUGUACGUGGCGAUAGUUGUAGGCGUGUUGACAGCUCUGGUGAUACUGCUGGCCGUCGCCAUCUUCCUCAUAGUUCAUAGGCAUAGACAUAGGAAAUGCUUCGCGUCACCCUUGGCCAAGUCCACGGUGUCUCAGAAGAGGACCAUAGAUAACUAUAGCGGCUGCGGCACCUCCAUGAUGCCGGAGAACAAGAUGAUCAUAGACUGCGCCCUAGAUGUUAAGUCCGAUGAGUACCAGGAGCCGUACCAAGCGCUCAAGUGUGCCCCCUACUUUAGUUAUAGCACCGUAUUGCUCGAGAUGAAAGACUUUGUUAAGGAUUCUAAUACCGCGCUCUCAGCAGACAGCUCAAACUACGACUACGCGGUGCCUGAGUUGAGUUCGGCGCCGUUACUGACGAAGCGGCGUUUGGACUCCCUGUCGGAGCGAGCCACCGACCUCGUGGAGGACAAGCUGGAGUUAGAGGCGAGGCGGUCCGCGGCAGGCUCCAUGCGCUCCAAACACAGUACAAGGUCGCCGAGUCAGCAAGAAGUGUUCAUAGAUCUAAAGAGACGUCUGGAGACAACCAACGUGAUAGAGUUCCCCAGGCAUAGACUGAGAAUGAUAUCUAAACUAGCUGAAGGUGCUUUUGGCACGGUUUAUGUAGCGGAAGCGGACGGGGUACCAGAAUACAACGGGACCAUAACCUCGGAGAAGCGUCUCGUGGCCGUGAAGUUCUUGUGCCACGACGCCACUGUCAAGGAGAGGUAUAUCAUGGAGGAGUUUGAGCGCGACGUACGUAUACUCGCGGCGUUGUCGUCGCCGCACUUGGCCCGUGUCCUCGGCGCGUGCCGCUCGCCGCCAUUAGCGGUCGUGCUGGAGUAUCUCGAACUUGGCGAUCUGUGCGCGUUCCUGCGGACUGCCGUGCCCCCAGCGGCGCAUAUGCUGCUACACCUGGCCACGCAGAUAGCCGCCGGCAUGCAGUACCUGGAGUCCCUCAACUUUGUGCAUAGAGAUCUUGCUGCGAGGAACUGCUUAAUAGGCAAGAACUACCAAAUCAAGAUCAGCGACUUCGGUACUGACAACGAGGCUUACGCGUGCGACUACUACAAGGUUGACGGGCGCAUUCCGCUGCCGCUGCGCUGGGCCGCCUGGGAGUCGGUGUUACGGGCCAAGUACACCACUAAGAGCGAUGUGUGGGCCUUCGCUGUGACCCUACACGAGAUCUUCACGCUCUGCCGGCGUCACCCCUACGAACACAUGACUGAUAAUGAUGUGUUGGAGAACCUGUCGCACUUGCAGGCGGACGACGGUAUGUUCGAAGUGGUUCCGCGGGCGGCGGGCUGCCCGCGCGACCUCUACGACCUCAUGUGCGAGUGCUGGCGGCGGGACGACCUCGACCGCCCCACCUUCGCCGAGAUCCACCUCUUCCUACAACGCAAGACCCUCAACUAUGCGACCACGUGAUCCUGGCACACCCCAUGCCCCCUCUACGAGGGCAUGUCGUAUUAACAUACGACCCGGAGCGACAGCUUUAGAACGAGCAAUGCCGAAAUGACCACCAGGUUUUAAGUUAAACGGUACCUCGAACCCACACGGAUUUCUUGAUAGUGUAUUCUCUCAAACUAUCUCUAUAGUAUAUUUAUUAGAUUAAAUAGAAGCGAGUGUAACAAGAUGUCGACAAUAUAGUGCAAUAAGGAAACCUGUGUCGGGUUCGCAAUCAGCUCGCGCUCAGCUGUUGCUCCGAGCGUGUGCGUGUGCGUUGGCGAUAGUAGACGGAUGUUUCUGGGCGGCGCGAAUGGUUUUUGUACUUAAUAGAGGUUCAUGGUAGAUCGCUUCACACGUCCGAUCGGCUUUGUGCACGGCUUCGUCGAAUGCUCCGGUUUGUUCCAGUAGAUGGGCCGCCCCACUCAGAAACCUUCACGUAGUGCGACCAACCACGCGUUAGAUCAGUUCAUCGUGAUGUGAUCCGUUUGGCAGCUCAUGGACUUACGCCGAUGUUACUCAUACAGCGGUGAUUAGUUAUAGAUUUUAUCUGUACUGCAUAACUUUACAAGUAAGCUACGUUUAAUAGACAUAAGCGAACGGACUUCCUUCACUUCCUCCUGUGUCUUGCGAGAUUCCGCUUCCUACACCAGACCAUGCCGUAUCGUUGUUUAGCGUUUUAUUUUUUUACAAGGCACAGUCCGCUUUUUAUACAGUUAUGGUUGACGUUUAAGAGCGUUUUAUAUUCUUCCGCAUAUAUCAUAUGGUAUGGCGUAAUUAGUGGAAUCCUGAAAGGUAGAGUUACCAAACCUAAUAGUCAUUUAUUUUCAUAUAACACGUUUCAUUAAUAAACAAUAAAGUAGCUCAUAAUUAUUAUAAUAGUAAGUUGUUAGUUAUAGUUGCAUCUGAAACGAAUAAAACUCUAUUAGAAGUAAUUAAAUUUAUAGCUGUUGAUGAGAUUUGUCUAUUUUCCGUAGUUUGCUGUGUUGAAGUUAGAGGAGCAGUUGUUCUGACAAUAUCGGGGCGCGGCCGGUCGGCGGCGCCCGCGUUGCGUUUAGAUACAUGCGAUGACUCCACCGACACUGAGAUUCGUUUUAUAUUGUAAACUUUAUUUAUUCUCAUUUUACAUUUAUACAAGUUAUACUUUAUAUUUUAUUUAUUAAAAUAUUUCUUGUAAAUCAAGUUGUUAUACAAGUUUAUCGUAAGUGAAAAUGUUUAUGUAUUUAAUUAGCACAAGUCUUAUGUUUUAUGAAGACUUGUCGAGCAUCACGCGUGUAUCCGAACGUAAGCUUUUAGUGUUAUCACUAGCUCUUACGUUCCCCUCUCGUGGACCGAAACGGCUUAAUGUUAUGAGCCUAAUAAAUUAAGCACUUAUUAGAUGUAAGCGAGCGAUAUUUAGGUUGCAACUUAGUAAAGUUUGAAUCACAACUUAUCGCAGUGUAGAGGACAUUCAAAUUAGAUUCUAACCUCUAUCUUGGAUUUUAAAGAUUCUAUUUAAAGCACAAAUAUAAAAUUCUUAUAAAUAUUCUUGUACUGAUAUUAUUUUUGUUACUUAUGACCAGAAAUACUCAAUGUACUUACAAUAAUUUAAUUAACGAUAGUAGAUAAUAUUGUUGUUAAGAUACCCUACAUACGUUGUUGUUCUAUUUACGGACUUGUUGAGCGCCGGAGCCUGUUUACUCUAUAUAUAUAUAUUAUUUAUUUAGGCUAUCGUACUUGACAAAUGCUUUUUAAAAUGAUAUCGAAAUAAAAAUAUUUGUUGAGUCAUCUAGACACAAUCAAUUCUACAAACAAAUUAUACUUAGGACGUGAUAUUUUUUAAUAUUCUAUAGAGUUGCUAAGAGUGAGAAUAAUUUUUAGGGUUAAUAUUCACAAGUCUGUGGCUACGAAGUACUGUGUGAUCGCCUUGUUACUUAACUAUACAGUGUACGCGGGCCGCGCAUGCGCGCUCCGGAGUGUCCUUUACGCUGUGACUGUGACGAUCACAGACAGAACCAAUGUUAUCUAGGCUAAUCGAACACAUAGAGGUCUAAUUAUUUUCUAAGUACUAUUAUCUGUAAGGAUGCGUUUAAUUUCGAUCUGGCCUUAAUUUCUACGUUAAUUAUUAUUGUCUAGCUGAUAGUAUAGAUGAGAGAAAGAGUAGGUUCUAUCGAAGUCUCAUUCCCUCAGGCUAAUGUAUCGUUAGUUAGUAAUUUUAGGCACUAAUAAUAAUAAUGUACAAUAAAACACCCUCUCUGCCUUAGUGAUGCUAUUCUUACCCCUAAUGCUAUGAACGAAAUAUCAAGUUAGAACGAAAUUAUGAUGUAUCUUGUAAAUACGAAGUCUUAUGGCUGAUGUAAUAUAUCGAGCACUAUGGAAAACUUAAAUUCCUAACAAUGGUCCAAACUUCACUCGCUUUUUUAUUUGUACUAUACGAUUAUACAAUUUCUAUAAAAAAAUAAUUAUAAAGGUUAGACUAGAAAUACAACUUUAUGCUUUAAUUUUAUUUUAUAGAUGUAUAACAUGUAUUUGUCAAAAUGCUUAAUUUUCAUAAUCAAAGUUUUAUGAAAAAGGUUGAUACCAAAUGCAGUAUUUUUAUUUUAUACUCUACAUCUUUGUACCCAAAUAAAAGCAAUAAUCUAAAGUCUGUGUUUCAUUCUAUCAUCUAGUUAUCAAACACGCACAUGUUGCGAACAUACGCACAUCAAAGCGGAAAAUCGAAAGUAAAAAAACAC